GCUCUAGCUCGUAAUCUGAUCUUGGACGCCCUCUCUGUGAAGCAGCCAUCGGGCAACAGCUUGUUCUCUCCAUACCGCGAAUCGCUCAAGCGCCGAGUGGCUGUUCGUAUAAAUUCGGUUGAAUCUGGUUUGGCUGAGACGGAUCUGGACUUCUUAUUCAGUGGCCUCCAUCGGCAGCUAGAAUCCUUUUCUUGUUGGCAGGGGCCAGACUAUAUCUGUCUUCCUAAGAUGCAAUCUUUUGAACAACUAAAGUGGAGCCUAUCUACCUAUAUUCAUGGCGCCCAUAGUCGAACCAAAUGUAAAUCCACUUGUGAAUACCUGAUGCAUUUUAUUGAGGUUAUCGAGUCCGCUGAUAAAUAUUUUAUCUACACCACUAGGCUCGCUUCAGGUCUCAUUAAAAAUUCAGGCCACAUGUGUCUUUACAGAAACAGACAAAAGUCUGGCAAAUCCUCUUAG